CAGUGGCGCCCACUGUAUUGGGGAUGAUCGGUGAGCGGGUCACCUUGCCGUGCAGCUACGAAGAGGGCGGGAGGUGGCAAGUAUCUGACCUCCGCGUCCUCUGGCAAACAGCGACAGAUUUGGUGGUGCAUGCGCAGUACGGGGCGAUCGAGGAGAACGAUGCCCAGGAGAGCAGGUACAGGAAUCGGACCAGCCUGGUGGUGGGACACAUCAGUAAGGGAGACCUCUCACUGCAGCUUGAUACAGUCAACGCAGCUGAUGGAGGGCGUUACCAAUGUAUCGUCUUAAAGAAAGGAUUAACAGGCUUCCGCAAGGUCAAGGCGAGUCACGUCAGCCUCAUCACAGCAGCCAAUUACAGUGUGCCGGUGAUAUCUGGGCCAGGGCAGGGUGAGAUUGGCCUGGGAGAGGAGGUGAACCUCACCUGCAGUUCCUUUGGAGGCUACCCCUUGCCGGUGGUGUCUUGGAUUGACCGUGAUGGCCAGACCCUGCCAGAGGAUGCCCAUGUGGACACAUUCUCCUCCGAUCCAGGCAGUGGGCUCUACAACGUCACCAGCAUCCUCCAGAUCACAGCAACGGGGAAUACCAGUCUCUGCUGUGCCAUCUUUAACAAGAGCACCCAAGAAAGGAAGCUAUCGUUCCCAUGGAAAUGGUUUGGAAAUUCCGACAUGUCCCUCGAUCAGAAAUUCCCAGAGGCCAUGCCCAAUGAGAUAGAGAAGAUCAAUAUACAACAGGAUUCUGUGUGACGCUAACAUUUGUGGCCAUCUGCUGUUCGAGGGAUGAGCGUAGGAGGCGUUGGAGAGUUUGGGACUUGGGGGCUGGAUAGGAACGUGGACAAGGACUGCGUUGGCCUAUGCUCACCAGAUAUUUGCACCUGUACCGCAGCCCCCGUGCCUUCCACCUUCCCAUGAUGCCCCCCCAUUAGCCGAGCAGCCGAGGGCACAGGAGGAUCCCGUGGCCCCAUCCCUGGAGGGAGCUGAAUCUUGGCUGGCUGUGCGUGUAAAAUGGUGGGUAGAGGGGCAGGAAGCUGCGUUGGGGAGGAUUGGAGGCACACUGCAAGUGAGCCUGUAGAGGGGUAAUUCCAGGCAGGGGGAGAGCUGUUCUUGCAAUCCACUAAACACUCACUCAGCCUGACUGCAACGCUGCUACAGUCGAACAGCACAUCUGCUCUUGCACACUGGUUCCUCGAGAAUGGAAUGGACAGUGGAGCUGGGUGGGGGUGAAGAAAGAGGAUUGGAAACAAGGUGACGAUGCAGAUAUUCUCCCUUCCAUGUGUCCAGUUCUGGAGUCCCCAACUCCACGACACCCCCACCACCCCCGAUACACUUUCGGAAGGAGAUAGAGCCCUUGGAGAGAGAGAGAGAGAGGUACAAACAGGAAGGAGAUUUCCUGGGGGUGAGUUGGUCACAGUUCAUGCUGAGAAAGACCAGGGAGAAACUGGCAUCACUCCCUUGGAGCAGGAUAGGUUCAGGGGAAGGGAACUUUUAAAAGGGUUGUCGGAGGGGGAGAUCAGGGAGAUACUAGAAAGGGGGGCAAUAGGCAGGAACUGUGGGCAGCUGGAAGGCAAUUAAAAGUUAGCUCUUUAAAAGAGCGGGUACAGGCAGAAUGGGCCGAAGGGCCUGCACAUGUGCUGUAAAAUUCUGUGAAUGAUGGAAGAUUGCUACAAGACGUAGCUUUAUCGUGCUGUAUAUCAAGAAUGUAUAUAGUGUAUUGUCAUUAAUAAAUGAUUAUUUUUA